CAUCUAAACUUUUAGGAUCAUGCAUGGCCGAAAUUAAUGUAUCCAUAUCCAUUUUGGACAAAGAUAAUAGCACUUGUAUUUUCACUUCAUCCAACACAAAAGUGUACUUUCUUUAGAAAAAAAUGAGUCUUAAAAAUGAGAAGAACAAACAGUUUGAGCCAUCUUUUUACUCUGAAACCUCUUCAGCAAUUCUAUUCCUUCUCUCAAAGCCAUGCGUCCCUUGCUGAUCAGAUCAAGAACUGCUCGAGGUUCGUAGAGCUAGAACAUGUCUAUGCUUCCAUGAUGAAGACUGGAACAAGCCAAGAUGCUUUCUUGACUAAUCAAUUUAUAACUGCAUGUUCCACCUUUUCUCGUAUAGAUUAUGCUGUUUUAGCCUUUGACUAUAUGGAAACUCCUAAUGUGUUCGUCUAUAAUGCUAUGAUCAAAAGCUUUGUACGUUGUGGAUAUCCUAAUAGAGCUUUGCAGUGUUACGUUAAUAUGUUGGGAGCUAAGGUUUUUCCCACUAGCUAUACAUUUUCUUCACUGAUUAGAUCUUGCACUUUGUUAUUUGUACUGGGGUUUGGGGAAGCUGUCUAUGGCCAUAUUUGGAAAAAUGGGUUUGACUCACAUAUGUUCGUUCAAACUGCCAUGAUUGAUUUUUAUUCAAAUUUAUGUAGAAUCAAAGAAGCUAGAAGGGUGUUUGAUGAAAUGCUUGAAAGAGAUUCUUAUGCAUGGACUACGAUGAUUUCAGCACACGCUAGGGCUGGUGAUAUGAUUUCUGCAGGGAAACUGUUUGAAACAAUACCCGAAGGCAAUAUGACCACUUGGAAUAUCAUGAUUGAUGGAUAUGCUAGAUCUGGGGACGUGUUGUCUGCAGAACUGUUGUUCAAUCAGAUGCCUUCAAGGGAUAUAAUUUCAUGGACAACCUUAAUCACUUGCUAUAUGCAGAACAAGAAAUAUAGAGAAGCUCUCGGAGUGUUCAAAGAAAUGAUGAAACAUGGUUUUAGACCCGAUGGAGUGACCAUGGCAACUAUUAUUUCCUCUUGUGCUCAUCUUGGAGCUCUUGAAUUGGGAAAGGAGAUACAUCUUUAUGUCAUGCAAAAUGGGUUUGAUCUUGAUGUUUACUUAGGAUCUGCACUGAUUGAUAUGUAUGCCAAGUGUGGGGCGUUAGAUAAGUCUCUGCUGGUUUUCUUCAAAUUGCAUGAUAAAAACCUGUUCUGUUGGAACUCAAUAAUUGAAGGACUUGCCAGUCAUGGGUACGCAAAAGAAACUCUAACAAUGUUUAGAAAGAUGGAAGAGGAGAAUAUCAAACCAAAUGGAGUUACCUUUAUCAGUCUUCUAAACGCUUGCACUCAUGCGGGGCUUGUUGACGAAGGCCAUAUGAGGUUUUUAAGCAUGGAAAAUUACUCUAUCUCUCCAAAAGUUGAACACUAUGGGUGCAUGGUUGAUCUACUUAGCAAAGCUGGACUGCUUGAAGAAGCACUAGAUUUGAUAAGAAGUAUGAAAUUAAAACCCAACAAUGUUGUCUGGGGGGCCUUGUUAGGUGGAUGUAAGCUUCACAGGAACAUGACUAUUGGCCAGGUUGCUGUCAAUGAAUUAAUGGUAUUGGAGCCAAACAAUAGUGGUUAUUAUAACCUUUUAGUCAACAUGUAUGCUGAAGAGAAUCGCUGGAAAGAGGUUUCAAAGAUAUGGACAACAAUGAAAGGGCUUGGAGUGGAAAAGAGAUGUCCUGGGUCCAGUUGGAUUGAAAUUAAAAGCAGAAUUCACCAGUUUGCAGCAUUUGAUAAUUCUCACUCAGCUUGUCCCGAAAUCUACAAGCUGUUGGCUGAAUUAGAUGGACAACUUAAACUUUCUGGCCAUGUUCCAGACCUCAGUUUUACCUAAAGAAAGACAAACUUAAUGUUUAGAAAUGACUCAAGCUGGAGAGAAUGAUGAAAUGGGGUAUAGCUAAUAUGACAUCAUCUGAUAGGUUGUAGCUUUAAAAAUAGCUGUAGUACAGAGAGAAGAGGAGAGAGUGCUACAGACAGAUAGAGCAAGUGUAGAAGAACCAUUCUGCACCUGAGCCUGAAAGUGAGAAAAAUCACAAGCAUUGGUGAGAUUGGCAGUGAUAUUCCAUAGAUAUCAAAUACUUUUCAUCCCAAAUGUCACCAAUGAUGAACAGUUCGGGCGUUCUAUACUCUGUAUUUGUCCAACCUUUUCCGAUUUGUCUUAUAUUACUAAAUCAAUCAUGCUUUGAAUUUAGCUCAAGUGUUUGGGCGCAUAUGUGUUUGUGUGAGUGUAAUCCAAAGUUUAAAUCCUUGUGUUUUCUUAUGUUGUGUUUCUCACUCCCAUGUAAGGCUUUUGGAUGUAGUCUCUUUCUGUAAAUGGUCCUAUUUAAAUAAUUUUGUACAUGAGACAAAUAAAUAAAAUAAUUAUAUAUGUUAUGUAAAUAAGCACAUAAUUAAUAUAAUUACAUUUAUAAUGUAAUUU